AUAUUUUCUUAGUGAUACAUCAGCAUUCUGUUUUUUUUUUUCAGAUACUACAUAAUAUCUUUGGGUCUGAUGGACACGUACCUUCUUCUCAAGGCUAUAGGUUUUUUCCUUCUUGUAAUAGUUGGAAUACCAGGAAACAUCUUUAUUAUUCUGCAAUUCACCUACAUCAAGAGCAUAGAGAAGAAAAUUCUUCCAACAAACAUAAUACUGUCAGUACUGGCUUUGGCAAAUGUACUUGUCAUCUUUUCUCGCAUCAUUCCACAGUCUCUAAAUGCAAUAGGGGUAGAGGACUUGCUUGAUGACACAGAGUGCAAAUUUGUCAUAUACACAUACAGAGUAAGCAGAGCCAUGUCUAUUUGUGUAACUAGCUUUCUUAGCUGCCAUCAGUGUAUUCUUAUUGCUCCAACAACUAGAGUUUGGCUUUAUCUAAAGCGAAGGGUGACACAAAAUGUUAUGGGCGUUAUCAUAAUUUUGUCAAUUAUCAAUUUCUCCAUGUACCCUUAUAGUUGUUUAAGUACUCAUGUGAAGAAAAAUAUAACAACUUCGCCAUAUACCCUUCAUUUGAUUUAUUGUGAUGUUGACUUUCUAACUUAUACAGCAUACAUUAUCAAUGGAACAUUUUAUACAAUAUGUGAUUUUAUAUUUGUAGGACUGAUGGCAUUAGCAAGCAGUUACAUGGUGUUCAUCCUUCUUCGUCAUGGAAAGAAUGUGAAAGCAAUUAGGAGCUCUAAUAAAGAGCAAAAGUGGUCAGCAGAGUAUAAAGCAUCAAGAUCUGUAAUACUAUUAGUCUUUCUUUAUGUGCUACUGUUUGGGUUGGAUAACUCCAUGUGGGUCUAUACGCUGACUUUAUCUAAUGUAUCUUCUGAUAUGAGUGAUAUUCGAGUAUUUCUAGCAUCCUCAUAUGCAGCUCUGAGUCCCAUUCUCAUCAUAUUAACCAACCCUAAACUUCAUCGCCUUUGGAUGCUCUCUAACAAGAACAAGCCUUUCCAAAAACAUAUGGGAAGCAGUGUAACUGUGUAUACUGUAAGUGUAUAA